UUAUGUGAACAGACUCUUAGUGUCCACUAGGAGGCUUGACUAACAAGGUAUUUGUCUGGAUGCAAACAUUUAUGGCGUAAACUGUAAAAUAUAGAUGAAACGAUGCUUUAAAGGACACGGAUCGUUGCUGUUGGAGGAUUUGGCGUUUCUUAGUAGAUUAUCAAAGAUCAACAGUGUCUUCUCUGUUGGCCAGUCUAGUGCGCAUCUAUGAACUCCUUACCGCCCUCCACUUCUUCCGUCAGUAGCCCUGUCAGCUCAGUAGAUUCGCCACUGUCAGCCGUCAGCUCGUCCAUUGGCUCUCCCGGCACCCCAUCUGUCGGCUAUGGGCCCAUCAGCAACUCUCAAAUAAACUCCUCAAUGUCUGUGUCUGGGUUACAUGCUGUUAGCAGCUCUGAUGAUGUGAAACCCCCCUUUGGCUUGAAGUCCGUCAGUGGCUCUGGGCCAGUGCUGUCCCAGAAACGCAUGUGCUCCAUUUGUGGGGACCGCUCCUCGGGGAAGCAUUAUGGCGUGUACAGCUGCGAAGGCUGUAAGGGUUUCUUCAAGCGCACAGUCAGGAAGGACCUGAGCUACACCUGCAGGGAUAACAAGGAGUGUCUGGUCGAUAAACGUCAGCGCAAUCGCUGCCAGUACUGCCGCUAUCAGAAGUGCCUGGCCAUGGGAAUGAAAAGAGAGGCUGUUCAGGAAGAGCGUCAGAAGAAUAAGGAGCGAGAUGGAGACUAUGAAUUCAGCAGUGCAGCCAAUGAGGAGAUGCCUGUGGAGAAGAUCCUGGAGGCCGAGACAGCUGUAGAGCAUAGAACAGACCUGCACACUGAUGCCACUGGUUCAGAAAGCAUCUUUACUGCAGAUUUAAACGCAUCCAGUCAGAGUGAGUGUUUCAUGUCCAAUGAUCCAGUCACUAACAUCUGCCAGGCUGCAGACAAACAGCUGUUCACUCUGGUGGAGUGGGCCAAGAGAAUCCCUCACUUCUCUGAGCUGCCCCUGGAUGACCAAGUCAUUCUGCUCAGGGCUGGAUGGAAUGAGCUCUUGAUCGCUGCCUUCUCUCAUCGCUCCAUCAGCGUGAAGGAUGAGAUUCUGUUGGCCACGGGUUUACAUGUGCCCAGAGACAGCACUCACAACUUGGGAGUGGAGGCCUUUUUUGACAGGGAGAGUGCGCACAGUGCAGAGGUAGGAGCCUUAUUCGACAGGGUGCUGACUGAGUUGGUCUGUAAGAUGCGUGAUAUGCAAAUGGACAAAACUGAACUUGGCUGUCUGCGUGCCAUAGUUCUGUUUAACCCAGAUGCCAAAGGUCUGACUAGCAGCAGUGAGGUGGAGCUUCUCAGAGAGAAAGUGUACGCAUCCCUGGAGGCCUAUUGCAAGCAGAAGUAUCCAGAUCAGCAGGGGAGGUUUGCCAAGCUCCUUCUCCGGCUUCCUGCGUUGCGUUCCAUUGGCCUUAAGUGUCUGGAGCACCUUUUCUUCUUUAAACUGAUUGGAGACACCCCCAUUGACACUUUCCUAAUGGAGAUGCUGGAGUCGCCCCACUAGCUGCAUCAGAGGAAGAUUGGGAGACAGGGUUUUUCUACCCUAGGUCCUGGAGAUAACUGUGACUGCACUUUUUCUUCCCAGGGAAAUUACAGCGAUUGGUCAGCCUCUGGUCUGGGGGUAUUUUUAUUUUUCAUUUGUCUUUUAUUUUUAUUUUUUUCUCUUGACUAUUUCUUAAGUGCACCAUAGAGUCUAGAGACCCAAAACUUGCCAUGAAAAAUUAUUGGUGCUACAUUUCAACAAGUAAGCUAAUUCUAAUAUAUAUAUAUAUAUAUAUAUAUAUAUAUAUAUAUAUAUAUAUAUAUAUAUAUAUUCAAAACAAAAUGUUUUUAAGUAUGGAAGCUCCAGUUACCUGACUGGUUUAGAUAAGUGGGGUUUACAUUUUGAUAGAACCAUUUGAGGCUUUUAAAACACUGUGGAUGAUAAGCUUUAAUCAUAUGUAAGUGUGCUUCACCAUCUCUUAAGUUUGGGUGCUUUCUUCCUGUACGGCUAAUUUAUUUUGCCCCGACCUGUAAGGACUGGUCAAACGGGCGAAUAGAUGAAUGAAUUCAUUCGGUAUUAUAGAUUUAAAUUGACAUUCACUUUGCUAGCUUGAGAAAUCUGGCAAAGAAAUCUAUAUGCAAUGAAGCUUGAACUGAUGCAAAACAGAAAAGACUAGAUGUUUAAUCUCCAAAAAAUAGACAAAAAAAAAAAAAAAAACGCAAUUUACGUGAUAUUGUGCAAUGUUAAGCCUAAAUCCAGAAGUGGAAGUGAGGGAAAUGCAAGCACUCUUUUUUUUUUUUUUUUCCUUUUUUUUUUUUUUUUCCUCACGCACUCAUUUUAUUAUCACGUCAUGAGUGCCUAACUGACAUAUGCUUGAUUUAUGUUUUUUAUUUAACGUUUGACAGCAGAAAGGACAAACAAAAAGAUGAAUCUCUGUUCACGUCAUCAGCAGUUAUUGUACGAAGCAGGUCGAUUUUCUUUUUCUCUUUUUGUUUUGCCUGAAGUGUCCUAGGCUGAAAUUGUCUUAAACCUGCAUUGGUUUUACUAGUUAACUGUCAGUUAAUAAUACACUCUCUUCUCUUAUCACAUAUCAGGUAACUGUAUAAGAGUGAUAAUUCCUUAAGUAAACUGCACUACACAAAAAAAAAAAAAUGUCAUUCCUUUUUCUUUUUUUCUUUUUUUUUUUUUUCCGACCAGUGUCAGAUUUUUAAAGAAAAUAUUACUUUGGUGCUUCGGAAUUGACAUUUGGGUAAAACUUUAUAAUAACUUUCAUUAAUAAAUCAUAACAAACAUUAUAUCAUAUUUAACAGAUCGUUAAUAUAUAUUCAUAUACCUAGAAAUAUGAGAUAAUGUACGUUAAUGUUUACUAUUGAACUUAUUAAACAUUACAUAAUAAUUAACCGACCAUUAUUUAAUGCAAAUUGAUAUGCUUACAAAUGUCAUUAAACUUUCAAUUCAUAUGAUCAUGCACUUUUUAAAAAUCUACAAAUGAUUUUGACAGAUGGUUUACAAGCUUCAUUAAUAAAUCAUUAACAAACAUGAUAAUAUAUUAACAUAUAUUAAUAUAUUAAAAUCUAUAAAUGAUUUUAACAGAUGUUAUACAAUGAUUAAAAUCUUGUUAAUGUACAUUUGAAUGCUUAAAAAUGUCAUUAAGCUUCAGUUCAUAUAUUACCUAAUGCACUCUUUUUUACAUUUACAAAUGAUGUAGAAAAAAAUUAGUUUUAGUAAUUUUAAGCACUUCACAUACUAUUCAUGUUAACACAUUAUUCAUUAAAUCAUAACCAGUCUGUAAAGGUCACACAUUUAAUCUUUGUCGUGGUGUGUAUGCAGACUUCUAUUUAUACAUCUUUAUAAAUCAUUUAUUAAUUAUUUGUUCAUGUUUUUUCCAGUAUUCCAGUAAACUAUUCAAUUGUUUAUAAAUGUUUUAGGGCUGCCCCCAACUAAAGAUUUUUCUAGUCAAAUAGUAGUCGGUCAUUUAAGCAAUUAAUCGCAUGUUUAUAUUAAUUUAAUUACUUAAAGGCUCCCCCCGCCCCCAGUAUAUAUUUAAUAUACAGGUGUUAUAUAUUCCGCAUUCAAGCGCAUGCAUAAAGCUUCAUACGGAUUACAUAAUCAGAGCGUAUUUGUUUUCAAAUUGGUUCGUUUAAAAGUAAACAUUUCAAGCUUUCUAUAGAUAUAUUUCUCAUCUGUGAGGCAUCAUUUUUUUAUGCGCUCCAGCUCACGGAGACCAAGACUGCAGAAGGUGCAUCCUCAUUGUUUUCUUUAUUUUACAAAAGCACAAUGUUUUGUUGUUACUGUGUGAGCGUUCACAAAUAAAAGUAAUAAAACAUAAAAAUAAAAGACAGUUUCGAAUGAUGUAUUACUUUUAUCUGUAUGACCAAAAAUGAAAACAAAAAUGUAUUUUAAGUUAUAAAUAGACUAAAUACUUUAGUUUUCACACUUUCACACGCACAAUAUGCCCCUAAUAUUAGCACACAUUUAUCUAGGUUAACGUUAGAGCGGCCAUGUAAAGUUGCUACUGCUUACAUGUAUCAAAUGAUAAGCCAUAUUUGAGGUCGAUGGAUAAUAGGUGAACAUUUGGAUUUCCUGCCCGACAUACUGUAAUUACCACAAGGACCCCUCAAUCUGUCCAUCACGGACUGCGUGACUUCGCCACUUCUUGUGGAGUUUUUUUUUUUCUUUUCUUCGACUAAAGACAAAACGACAACACAUAAUUGUAAUUUGUUUGCAAAACAUGUUUUCAUUACCUCAAUACUUAGUAUGUUAUAUCCUGAAACAGAGAAAAUUCCUUGAAUCAUAUAUGAACAGGAGAAAACAAAUACAUUUAUCAAGAAAAUACUUAAUUGUUCACUUCACUCUUCAUUCAUCAAAACAAUGUAAUACAAACAGUUUAAACAGUGUUCCCUUACAGUAAUCAAAUUGACCGUUGACCCCUUAACACACCCUUAAACCUAUGGGUAUACCACCAAACCUUACCUUACCCUUAUCCAUACCACAUCUCAAUAGCAGCAAAAGUGUUUUGCAAUAGAACAUGAACACAAUAAGUACAUUGUAUCUAACAAUUACUAUUAUUGUUUUUUUUUUAACCUUAGUAUAUAGUAGUUAAAGAUACCUAAUAUAAAGUGGGACCAGUCAUUCUUAUAUUGUUCAAUUUUCUGCUGAACAUCCAGAUCACUCAUAGCUACCAAACACUUUUUUUUUUUACAUGUACAUUUGUAAAUGUAAAAAAGUGCACUAGGUAAUAUAUGAACUGAAGUUUAAUGACAUUUGUUAGCAUUCAAAGUACAUAAAUAAGCUUUUAAUCAUUGUAUAACAUCUGUUAAAAUCGUUUGUAGAUUUUUAAUCUACAGUGCAUGAUCAUAUAAUUUUAAAUUUUAAUGACAUUUGUAAACAUAUCAAUUUACAUUACAUGAUUAACAGAUCAUUAUUUAAUGUUUAAUAAGUUCAUUAGUAAACAUUAACAAGCACAUCAUCUCGUUUUUCUAGCUAUAUGUAUGCAGUCAAACCAAAAAUUAUACAGACAUUUUUUAUAUUUUUGAUAUAUUUUUACUAGUGGGUGCAGGACACUAUAGUUAAUUUAUGUAAGUGAGGAUAGCAAAAUAAAGUAAACUGUGACAUAUUAUACCCAAAAAUUCUUCAUACAGUGGACUACCAGUAAAACUGAUAAAAAUUUGGAGCCAAAAAUUAUUCACUUUGACCUGACCAUGUUUGCUUAAGUGUUUUCUGACAUAAUUAAGAUUAUUUUUUUCUGACACAGUUUAACUCUGAAAUCUUGUCAUAUUUUAUUACCAUUUUUUUUUUUUCAACUAUACUGAAUAAACUAUUAAUGAAUGAAAUGUUCAAGGUGUCUGAAUAAAUUUUGGUUUGACUGUAUAUAUAUAUUAACUAAUGACCUGUUAAGCAUUAUAUAAUGUCUGUUAAUGAUUUAUUAUUAAAAGUUGUUAUAAAAUGUUACCAACUGCAAAAAGGUAAAAGUACAGCUAUCUUCAGCUUUAUAGAGAUACUAAAUCUGAGCAAUAUGAAAGUUCAUUGGUGUGGACUUGCUGUUUGUAUUUGGAAAACCUUCCAACUUGAAAUUUCUACAAUUAAUUUCUUCUAGUACUGUGCAGACCCUAUUGUUCAGGGACAUUGUGUAGCUAUUGUGUAGACAUAGACAGGCUAGGAAUCAAUAUAUAUUCUCUUGCUUUUAUCACUUUCUUUAGUUUGUAGUUGGCAUACAACUUGCAGAAAAGACAUAGUUUGCACUGGAUUUUACCAUGAAUCCUAGAAUUUGGAUUUUGUCUUUUAUUUCCUUUCUGUGAUCUGAGCUGAGCUGAUUUGCUUUUUGUUUCCUUUUGACCUACCGUUGAGAUUUUUGUUUUCUUUCUUUUUUGCUUUUCCAUGGCAUCUUUCUGUCCUUGCUGACAAAGUUAUGGGGACAAAUGCAAACUCACUUUUGCCAUAGAUAUAUCUAACAAACAAACAAACAAACACACAAGGUUGUUUUUGUAUGGUCUUGUACAACCAACAUCUUUACUGCAUUAGGCAUGUUACAUGUCUGCUGUUGCACUAAAAUUGUCAUACAAUUAUGAUUGUAAUGAGAUUCCAUCAGUUUCGAUGUUGUCACAGCUCGUUUUAGAGGAGCCCCGUGACACUGCAAAAGAACCAUCUGCUGUACAUGACCCUAAAUAAAGGUGGUGAUAUGUCUAACAA